AUGGCGGCCGGUGCAGCGUUAUUCCGUACAUUCGACGCGGAGAUGGAGGAGUGGGAGCUCUAUAGAGAGCAGCUCGAGCAGUUCUUUGUGUCGAACAAGGUGGAGGAUAAUAUGAAGAAACCGAAGGACAUAGAGUAUGUGGAACUAUGUAAUAUGCUUACUACACAUUUUACCCCUCCUUUAGUAGUGCACAAGGAAAGAAGAUUGUUUUUCCGUGCACAUCGACACGAAAAUGGCAACGAAUCUGUCAAUCAAUGGAUAGUUCGAAUUAGGAACCUAGCAGCCAACUGCAAGUUUGGGUAUUCGCUACAACAUAACCUUGUCAAUAAGCUGGUGGACGGACUGGAAGGCAAGGCGUUCGACAGAGUGUGCGAAGAAGACGAAAAACUUUCUCUAGAGAAGGCGCAAGAAUUGGCCCUAAAAUAUGAAGUGAAUGAACCCUUAACCCCUCUCCACUUUGUGAAGGGCAUACAGACUGUAAACUUCAAGACAAGAGAGACGAAAGCUGAACCGUGGCGAGAAGCAUCCAAUGGCAAGUGUUUGGCAUGUUACAAGACGGGGCAUUUCAAACGCGAUUGCAGAUUCAAGGAAUACAUCUGUAAGAAGUGUCACAAGAAAGGCCAUUUGAAGGUGACGUGCGAUGACCAGCGUAAUUUUUAUGUGUCAGCGGACGAGCAUACGAGCCCAGAAGACGAUGAGAGGGCAGGCAAGAGUGUGGAUCAAGUGGACUUACAUCAAAAUUCCAUACGUAAGGAUGCUACUAUCAGUUUGAAUAAAAUUGGAGCGGAUAGGAACGUAGAUUGGUACAAGAUUGAUGUUAGAAUAGACAAAUUGGAUUCUGGCGCAGGUCUUUGUGUUGUUUCGGAAGAAUUCUACAGACAAAAACUAUCUCGGUGGCGUUUGGAAAAAUCAGAUCUGAAGUUACAGUUGUAUUCCGGAGAAAGGAUGAAGGUGCUGGGAGUUAUCACUCCUACAAUUAAAUACAAUGAUAAAGUUCGGCGUGUCUUAUUUGCAUUAGUAAAAGUGCGUGGCCCACCCUUGCUUGGCAAGAAUUUUAUGAAAGCAUUCAAUGUAAAAUUGGCAGUGGUACAAAAUGUGAAUCUAAGUGAGGAAUCAAAACUAACGCAAAUUCUGAAACAGCAUUCGAAAUUAUUUAAGGAAGGUCUAGGGCGUUACAAAUACGCUCAAAUGGAGGCGAUCUGGCGUAGUGUGGCUACUUUUAAGAAACCAAGACAGGUUCCGUUCAAGUUCCAGAACGAAGUAUCGAAGGAAUUGGAUAAAAUGGAAGAAGACGGUAUUAUUACGAAAUGUGAUAGCAGUCAGUGGGGGACACCACUGGUUCCGAUGGUGGCAUACUUUGAGUUGGAUGAACGUUCAAAGGAGUUGUGUGCUAUUUCAACAACCCAGGGUGUGUAUCUAAUGAAUCGGUUGCCUUUCGGAGUCAAGCCGGCCUCGGGAAUAGUCCAGCGAGGAUUAGAGAAACUGUUCUGUGGUGUGGAAGGAGUUUCAAAUUUUUUGGACGAUGUUAUCAUUACUGGAUCCACGGAUGAAGAGCAUUUACAGCGUCUCGAACAAGUGUUCGUAGUGCACUACUUAGUAAGGAAAAAGCCAAAUUAUCCAAUAGGAAAUCUGAUAAACAAUCAAGGACCAGUGUACACCUAA